CGAAACUUUAUUACUAAAAUUAUGGAUUCGGAUUCGGAGUUCGAGAUGGAAUUGAAGGACUUGAGGGCCCAAGGCGAGGUAGAGUCCCUAACUGAUGUCCAGAAGAAGCUGCUGGAUACCCAGAGCCAGGUGGAUGAGGUGGUCGGGAUUAUGAGGGUCAAUGUGGAGAAGGUCCUCGAACGCGAUCAGGCUCUGUCAGAGCUAACGGAACGGGCUGACCAACUGGAGCAGGGGGCCUCCCAGUUUGUCCGUCAAUCUGGGCGCUUGAAACGCAAGCACUGGUUGGCCAAUGCCAAGAUGAUGCUCAUUCUAGCCGUAAUCGUGGCAGUUCUGGUGGCCAUUUUACUGGUUUUCAUAUGGCCAAGGGAAGGAUCGAAGGCCACAGAAAGCACCUUACUGAAGGAUCAAAAAGGGGAUUAAGAUUAAUCAGAAAAUAAUUUAUUCAUAUUUUUCCCCCUUCCCAAAAAGAACGACAAUAAAAUGAUCGAGUUUU